AUGUAUCCCAGCAACGGACAUCCAUCUUUUUCACCGGCGGCGAUAAAUUAUUCAAGUUACUAUCAGAUGGCUACUAAUAUCCAUGGACAACCUCUGUCAUACUCGUAUCUCAGCUAUGGCCAAUGGAAUUCGCUUAAUCAGUUUCAAGGCGGGUCUGUCAGCCCUGGGUUAGAUCAACCACCGUCUCUUGGAGUUGUGAGCCAAACCUUUGUUUCUCAACUUUCCGGUAGCAAUCUGACAUAUAGUACUUAUGCACAAGCCGUGUCUGUUGGAGCUGUUGGGCAAACCAUUGUUUCUCAAGCUUACAGCAACAAUCAGAUAUAUAGUUAUUUACAACCACCUUCUACCGGAGCUCCGAUGGAAACCUUUGUGUCUCAAUUCUCCGGCAGCGAUCAGAGAUUUAGUAGUCAUGGACAAGCACCAUCUUCUGGAGCUGUUUGGCCAACCGUCGUUUCUCAAGCUGCCAGCAACUAUCAGCCAUAUAGUUAUGUACAACCACCGGUUGGAGAUGUGAGACAAACUUUUGUUUCUCAGCUUUCUGGCAGCGAUCAGACAUAUAGUACUUAUGGGCAAGCACCUUCUGUCGGAGCUGUUUGUCAAACCGUCGGGUCUCAAGCUUCUGGCAACGAUGAAAUAUAUAGUAACAAUGUACAACCAUCGUCUGUUGAAGCUGUGAAUCAAACCUUCGUUUCUCAACCUUCUGGCAGUGAAAAAAUAGAUAGCAAUGGACAACCACCGAAGCGCAACAGCGUAGGUAGACGAGCCAAAAAAGAUUACAAAGACGUUUCGGAGAAACUCAACAGUGACCUUUUCGGUAAGAAUUCAGAGACCCACCAAUCGGCAUCAUCCAUCGUCAAAGAUGUACAGUCCACCGGCAAGGAAGUAUCGUCCACAGGCGAUGAGGCACUGGCGAUGUGGUUAGGUCUGAAUGCAAACGGCCAUGCGAACGAUGAAACUGAUUUGUUUAGUUUUCCGAAUUUAGAAGACUAUAAGUCUAUUGCUCGCCGCUAUCGUCACCGUCGUCUGAAGGAGGAAUAG